AUGGAUGAUGAGGAUGGUCGACAGGAUGGGGAACCACAGCAUGGGGACCCUCCUCCUGACCGUAAAAAUAAUGAAGAUUCUUCAAAAUCAGGUCUCGAGAUCUUUAACACUGACUUGGAAAAGACGACAGAGGUGAAGGCUCUUAAACCCUGGAACUGUCUUUUUGAAAACAAACCCACUGGUAAAUCAUCCUUCCCCUCUGUGGAAGACAUUUCUGAUAGAAAAAUAGGCAAAUUUGCUAUUGCAAUACCAGAUGUGGUUAUACAUCAUAGUAUAUCUCUAAUGGCUUUCUCUCUAGCGGGAAAAUUUGUUGGACCAAGACCCAAUAUUGAGGAUGUUAGGUCUUCUGUUAAGAAAAAAUGGAGGCUGAAAGGACAGGUUGAUGUUUUAGCCCUGUCAAGGGGAUUUUUUGUUUUCUCCUUCUCUUGUGGGGAAGAUUUGGAAAUGAUCUUGAGUGGAGGACCAUGGAUGUUUGGGAAAUCUUUGCUAUCCUUAAGGAAAUGGUCUCCAAAUAUAGAACUCAAUGACUCUUUUUUUGAAUCUGCUCUAGUUUGGGUGAGGCUGCCUAGUUUGCCGCUUGAAUUCUAG